AUGUCAAGCACCAAUUUUCGCCUGGAAUCGUUUCGUCCAUGGAAUCCUUUCCAAGACAAAGCUCAGCCAUUGCGCGAUCCCCCCGGUACUUGUCGCUACCCAAGUCCGGUUUCGAUCACUACCACCCCGCCAAGCUCCAAUUCUAGCGACUAUGGCUCAAAGAGCCAAAAAAUUCAUUCCCACAAACCUGAGCGACACCCCCUUCCUGCCCGCCCGCCGACGGAGGUCUGCUUAGAUGGAUUGCAUUCGGAGGCUCAACCCACUCGACGAGAAUCGGAGGGCUUGGGUCAGACACUUUCCGCUGUCAGUGACCCAGAGCCUCUCAACUUCGAGAACAUCUUGCAACCACAAAGCAUAGUUGCUGCCGAUGAUUUCGUUUCUACAAGUUUUACCGAUGAUAUGUAUUGGGAAAAAGAGCAUCAGUUCUUCGACUUGGGAUUGGAUGACCCGGAUCCUGUCGGUUUUGCCGGUCAACAUCCUCAAAGUGUUGAUCUUGGAGCCCUUGCUCGAAAUGGAGAGCCUCCAAAUAUUGAAACAAUCGACCCUGCAAUCCUAAACGACCAUGACUCUCCAAUUGCCGAGCAGGUCCAAACAACGACGAGCAUCACCGACACCGCAGCAGAUCCGAAAGAAUGCCCCGCGAAGUCCACUCGCUCUCUGAACAAAGCCUCAACCCUCCAACGCAAACGAUGGAACUCAAAGGGGACGCUUGACGCCGAUCGCCAGCCAAAAAGAACGAAACGCUCGGGUAUAACAAAAGGGCAUACAGGAAUUAGCUCUGAUCGGUCGAACAAAAAUUCCGGUCAUGCUCAGAGCACUUCUUUCCCUACAGUUCGUGCUCAAUUCUCGGCGCUUUCAGUCGAAGACCGACUACAGUUCCUGUCCUGGCUUUUUCAGGGUGUGUUAUCUCAUUGCGGCUCUACGCCUCCGAGCGCCGAUGCCCAUUCUGCACCGGGAUGCAUCUCAAGCCAAUGUGAUGACAUAAACGACAACUGUGAUCAGACGAGCUUGAACACACAGGUGAUUGACGCGCAGCAUACCUCUUCGAGAAAGGGACUAUCGUGGUCUGUGGAGGAAGACCGCCUUUUGAUAAAGCUUAGAGACAAGCAAAAUCUCGCUUGGUCGGAGGUGGUCAAGCAAUUUUCACAAGAAUUCCCCGGGCGGAGCGAGGGGUCAAUACAGGUGUACUGGAGCACAACACUGAAGAAAAAACGACUGGAGAAAAAACGGCCAUCUUCCCCCAUUGUUCUUAUUGGAUGA